AGCUUAGUGCAGAACUGGGAGAGCCAGCCGCCUCAGUUGGAGCCUGGGAGUGAAGAUUCGUAGCACCCUGGACCCACUGAGAGACUUGCUCAUUUUCUGGGCACCAAAUAAUCCUUCCAAUUUUUAUAAAUUCUGUCAAUGGGACAUGCAUAUAACCUAGAAAAUUUGGUGCCCAUCAUGAAGAAUAGUUCCUUUCAAGUACCUGUGUGUGUGGAAUUUAUUCCUUCCAGUGGGUUCUUGAUCUUGCUGACUUCAGGAAUGAAGCCGUGGACCCUCACGAUAUGUGCUCACCCUUCUCUGCUCAGCUCUGUGCCUGGGAGGCUGACCUCUACAGACUACAUCACCAGGCUUCCGCCCUCUGGCUUCCACAUGGAUUUGGCCAAUGGGCAGCGCCAGUGGGAAAGGAGAGGACAGGAGGAGAGACAGGCUGAGGCCUCCCUCUUCCUGUGCCCCUGGCAUACGGUGACAGUGCUGCCCUGCAGGAUGGCAUAUCAGAGAGCUCAGGAUGGAUGCAGUCAGGGACGACAGCCCGUGUCCAAGAAGGCUGCCUGCUGAACAUUUGCCCAGCAGAAGAUUUUAGAAAGAGAGGAAACAUCUUAGUGAUUUUCUUGCCUCCAGAAGAUUCCCUGAUCCAGUCUUUCCUUGGCACAAACUUUUAGUUAUUGUGUUUACAUAUACAUUUUAUAUAUGCAUGGUCAUUAUUUUAUCUGUUUUAUUUGGAGACUUUAUCUUGAUGUGAGUCCUCAUACCUAACACACUGCAAUAUAAAUU